UCUAUCCCGCGCUUUCUAUUCCGCGUCUAUACACCUCGAUCGGACGGCUUUACGGAUAAGACAAGAGUAUCCUUACGAGAUACUACGUUAAAAAUACCUAGGAGUAAUAAGGAUAUUUUCGCUACUAAAACUCGGGUAGUAACUACAAGACUUAUUAUAGACUAUAUAUAUAGUAUAUUGUUUCUUAUCCGCUAUAUAUUCUACAGGUAUUACGAUAUAGACGAUAAGUCUUCUCUCGACGAUAUUUACCUACUCGUAGUAGAUACUAAAGCGUUACCCGUAGACACAUUUAUCCGGGAUACCGACCUUAUCUCGGCGUUCGAAUAG